AUGUUUAACAAUCUGAUUGGCGGACAAAGAGGAAUGUCUUCGGGAAUAAGCAAAGAGCAGAAACUGUUGGAUCUGAUUGAGAAGAGCGGCUAUAAUAUAGUGCAAGAGAACGGACAGCGAGUGUUCGGUCCGCCACCCGAUUGGCCGCCGUCUCGACCGCCGCCACAGAAGGGCUGCGAAGUAUUUGUGGGCAAAAUCCCGCGCGACUGCUAUGAAGACGAAUUGGUGCCACUCUUGACACAUAUCGGACCCAUAUAUCAGUUGCGGCUUAUGAUGGACUUCAGCGGAACCAAUCGGGGCUACGCUUUCGCCACUUUCACCAAUCAAUGCGAUGCCAACAAAGCCAUCAAAGAUCUCAACAACUCGGAGAUCAGACCAAACAAACGCAUCGGUGUUGUCAAGAGUCUGGACAACUGUCGGCUCUUUAUCGGCAAUAUUCCGCUCAACAGAACCCGUUUGGAUGUCAUCGAAGAGCUCUCCAAAGUGACCGAAGGAGUGGUCAAUGCAAUCGUUUAUAACAAUUACAAUAAACUCGACAAACAGUACAGAAAUCGUGGCUUUGCUUUCGUUGAGUAUAAGACUCAUCGUUUGCUUAUUAUAUGCUAUUAUUUGCUUUCAUUCCUCUUAAGGGACGCCGCAAUGGCUCGAAGAAAGUUAUUGCCGGGCAAAAUCAAACUCUUUGAUUGCGAGAUAAGCGUCGACUGGGCUGUGCCGGAGCCUAAUCUCGACGACGAGAUCAUGUCUAAGGUUCAGGUUCUGUUUGUUCGCCAUUUGAGCGCCGAUUCCACCGAAGAUAUGAUUAAAAACAUAUUUUCGUUGAGAAAUCCGUCGAAAAUCAAUGUCCAAAAAGUGAAGAAAUUGAAGAAUUAUGCGUUCGUUCACUACUUCAACCGCGAGGACGCAGAGCUGGUCCUCCAGACACUGUCCAAAACAGAUCUUCGGGCCACAGGUCUGACCGAUGAGGGCCAGCAUCUGGAGAUCACUUGGGCUAAGCCGCCGAAUCUGGUCAACAAUUUCCAGCGCCGAAAGAAGCGCUAUUACGGGGCCGGCAAUUGUGGCGGCGAUGGACUUAACAUCAAAACCAAUCCAUUCUCGCCACACAACGGACAGCUCAUGAGCGCAAUGUCUUCGCAGUUUGAGUUUAACAACACUUCCAAACACUUGACUCCAAACUAUUACUCGAAUCUAAUGAGCGGUGACUCCAAUAACUGGCGAAACAGUCCGGUAGUGAUGCCGGGCUUGAGAGGCAACCCUCGAGCGAACGGUGCGGGCACUGGCAAUACGCCUCCGCUUUGGUAUCCAAUUGAUAAUCAAUAUCCUCCGUGGCUUCCCAUAAGUGUUGUUCGUUCGCCGCAAACCAUUGGAGUGUUUCGUUCGCCACAACCCUAUAAUGUGUUUCCCCAUUAAUGCC